AAAAGUAAUCGCGCCAUAAUGUUAAAAGUAGACAAGAAACUUUUCUCAGUAACAGUCUUAAAUUUUGCUACGUAGACAGGACAAAAUUUAUUACUUCACAUGGCAACUCUGGACGCAGCGCUCAGUCGAUAAUGCGCGCGGGGACAGCGCGCUGUCCGGUGUCAGCUGUGAAAAUUGUUUUUAAUCGUAACUAGGAGUUAAGUGUUUCGAUCAUAAUGCCUAACAUUAUAAACGAGGUUAAACUGGACUUUAAAGACGUGCUCCUUAGGCCUAAACGAAGUACUCUUAGGAGCCGGAACGAUGUGGACCUAUACAGGGAGAUCACAUUCCGCAACUCCGGGCAGACAUAUCGCGGCGUUCCGGUAAUGGCGAGCAAUAUGGACACCGUAGGCACCUUCGAGAUGGCACAGGAACUGUCUAAACAUGGACUUUUCACAUGCAUACACAAGUACUACACGACUGAGGAAUGGAAGAAAUUCGCUACGGACCAUGUAGAGUGCCUUGAACAUAUGGCGGCUAGCUCUGGCACCGCGGAGGCUGACUUCGAGCGGCUAGCUGACAUCCUCAACAAUGUGAAGGAACUGAAAUUUGUGUGCCUCGAUGUGGCCAAUGGCUACUCUCAGCACUUCGUGGAGUACGUGAGACGGGUCAGGGCUGCCUUUCCGACGCAUACAAUUAUUGCUGGUAACGUAGUGACGGGAGAAAUGGUAGAAGAGUUAAUUCUAUCCGGUGCUGAUAUAAUUAAGGUUGGAAUUGGUCCCGGCUCGGUGUGUACUACCCGCAUCAAGACGGGCGUGGGGUACCCGCAGCUAUCGGCCGUCAUCGAGUGCGCGGACGCAGCGCACGGACUUAAAGGACAUAUUAUUUCGGACGGUGGCUGUACGUGUCCAGGCGACGUAGCGAAGGCUUUCGGCGCCGGCGCAGAUUUCGUGAUGGCGGGUGGCAUGUUCGCCGGUCACGACCAAUGCGGAGGAGACGUGGUCACCAAGCCUGAUGGGAAGAAAGUCAAGCUGUUCUACGGAAUGUCUUCCUCGACGGCCAUGCUCAAACACUCGGGUGGCGUGGCGGAUUAUAGGUCGGCUGAAGGUAAAACGGUGGAGGUUGAAUACCGCGGCGACGUGGGCGCCACCACGAAGGAUAUCCUAGGGGGCCUGCGCUCCGCCUGCACAUAUGUGGGAGCCGCGCGACUGAGGGAGCUCCCGCGCCGGGCCACCUUCAUACGGUGCUGUCGGCAAGCCAACGAUACCUUCUCAUAAAUUGUACUGAAAAUACCGGCCAGUGUGACGUCACUACACCGGUCAGUAUGACGUCACUACACCGGCCAGUGUGGCGUCACUAUACCACAGUGUGGCGUCACUAUAUCAACCAGUGUGACGUCACGCCGCCUACAUACAGUGCUGCAAGCAGACCAAAGACACCUUCUCUUAAAGUAAUCUACUUUAAUAAGCAAUCUGGUAGAGUGAGAUGCAUUGUUCAACAACUACACCUUCGCAUAAAUUAAUUCGCCUUCAACGGCCAACGGCAGUCCUUCUGCUUCUGUUCACAGCAUGAGAAAGUAAGAUUCAUUGUUCAACGAUGCCUUUUCAUAAACUAUACCAGCCAGUGUGACAUCGUUUC